GGCAGUUCAAACCCUACCAGUGUCCAGCGAAGCUCUAUCGGGAUGUAACUGGAAGGGUCGCACCUGCAUUUUGAUAUAUUGGAUCGGCUCUUGCCUCAACACCUCUCUAUCCCUUUAGUGACUGACCAAACCACGAGCUUUAGGCUGCUCCGGCCUUCGUUUUUCAUGCCCUGGCCCUUUCCCGCAUUGAAACGUGCACAGCAUGCUCUCCGGGCAUUUAGCGUAUGCGAAGUGUGAGUCGACUCGAUCGAGUACAUCACCCCAACAUUUUCCUGUGUUAUCUCAACAAUGCCUAAAUGGUCCGCAACUGCCGGUGGAAACUCCGCGCGCCGGUACAAAAGAGAUUUCGAGCUCUGCAAGGUGGUCUUUGGCGCAGUGGUAAGGAGCAACUGGGAACCGCUCGGUGCACACGGACUUACAAGAACACAGAUAAGUCAGAUUCUCUUUGCUCGGCGUGCUCUCCCGCCCCGAUGUUUUCAGUUGUUGCCGAUCGAACAAGUUGUCUCGAGAUCGUUCGAGGACAUUUUGAUCUCAGGGACUCGUAUCCCGCAUCAUGACAAGGAAUUGCUGAGGGACCCGGGAAACACCAUAUUCUUGCGACAAGGAACGGAUUACGGCGUCAAUCGCUUUCUUGGUAUACUGAGGGAAGACAUCUUCCCGCUUCUCGAAAACGAACGCCUCAUAAAGUUCCGCAUAACCUACUUACGAACCAAAGCAUGGGAACAGAAUUGUCUUCUGGAGUACUACACAGUCGCUUUCAACUACGAGCACGACGGAAACUAUGGGCUCAACAUAUGGAGGGCCGGGACGGGAGAGCAUCACGCAUCGAAGACAGAUUCCCGGCUUUGGGAUCUGGGAGACUAUCUCAGCCGGCUUGCCGCUUGGAAAGAGCCGAUGCAUUGGACACUGGCAUUCCAUGCCAGGGAACGUCCCGAUGAUCCUCCAAUCGGCGUUUGGAAGUUCAACCACAUGGGCUUUGACAACGCCAACCUUGACCUACAACAAAGAGAUGGAUAUAGAUACGCCAGGAUCACGAGUCUCGAAAUCAUGUCCCUACCCCGGAGCCACGCGGAGCAAGUCAUGCCAAACAACAUUGCGCAACCUCAGGGCAGUUCAUCCGUGCCUGAGAAAGAAAAGGCGCUUAGCGCAAGUGCCGAAGCACUACGUCAGACCGCGAAGAAUCAAAGACGAACACGGUCAUCAGGGACAAGGAACCGAGGUUGGCGAGCCAUGCACGCCGGUUCUCGACAUCGAGCCUCAAGAGGAGCGCUUUCCCCGCCACCAACGUUCCCUUCAAGCCAGGGAACAUUGAAAGUCGUUUCCGGGGAGAAAGCUAAUGCUGGACAAGCUGUUUCGACUCAGGAUGUGGACCACGGGGAUCAACCUCCACAAAGUGCUGAAGGCAUCCGCAGUCCGGUUUCAGGAAAGAAGCCGGCCACGAAGAGAAAGCCCAAGCGGCCCUUGCAAUUAUUUGAGAAUGUCACAUCGAGCUUGCCUGCAACACAGGUAAUCGAAAGCCAGUCUCUGAGUCAAAGUGGCAAUCGUCAAGAAAAUCGAAGUCCGGAGAAGGCCGCGGGCGCUGAACUGAUGCAACUGCACAGUUACCAGUCAGGCGUGCCACCCUCAUCGUCACCAAAUCAAUCCAGGUUGCUAGACGGUAUUUUACUCUCAUCCGACGCUAUCUCCACGACCCAGAGCUCUCCCAGCAUGGAUGUGCACAGGUUUCUGAACCCGCCUCCCAGCAAUCAGCAGCAAUACCUAGAUCAAGGAGCACCGAUGCACGGGCUAACAUGCUCGAGUUCGUCCGCGCCGCCGCGCAGCGCCUCCGGGCAUCUUCGUGGUAUGCGUCAGUGGGAACCCCAAGGAUCGGCCCCGGCAAAGUUCUUCAACGUAGACCUCAGUGACGAAGACGAGGACACUGACAUUACCGUCGAGGCGGAGACUGAGAGCCCGCACCUGCUUCAGAGCGCUGGUAGAAUGGACACAGGCAUUGCCUACUGCUUCCCGCCAGUUACAGGGGGCCGGCGAACAGCGCUUCUACAAGAUGUCCCGGUCAGCAGUGGCGAUGACGAGUGAAGGAUGUUGUGUGGAUGUGCUGAACAAUGAGAAGGGCUUGCAUGCGAAACAGCUACUUGAUAACCUCGACUGCUUAGAGACAAUGGAUGGGUCAAAUAUCGCAAAUGUCAUUUGAUAUGCGCGGCUAGUGUUCAGUAAGGCAGGGCGACCGUGGCGCCACAAGGGCGUGGGGUUUCCGUGGUCGUCUUCGGGAGGGUAAACGGUCACUAUUUCUGAGUGCU